AUGAACUCUAUCACUGCCGCCGAAUUGAAUUACAUUGUCCACCGUUACCUUACUGAAUCAGGUUUUCAACAUACAGCCUUCAAUUUUGGAUUCGAGGCAGCUAUUAACAAGUCCACCAUUGAUGGAGCUAAGGUUCCACGUGGAGCCCUCGUUACUAUUGUACAAAAAGGGAUUCAAUAUCUUGAAAUGGAAGCAAAUUUGAACGAUAAUGACGCAGAUGUAGAUGAAGAUUUCUCAUUCAUCCAACCAUUCGAUCUCCUCACUAAAGAUGUCAACCAACUAAGACAAAUCGUACAAGAGAGAAGGAAAGCUAAACAAAAGGAGAAAGAAAGCGGGGAGAAAGAGAAAGAUGUUAAGGAUAAGCCAAUCAAAAGGAAACUUCGAAAAUUGAUCAUAGAUGAUGAAGAAGAAGAAGAAGAGGAAAAUGUACAAAACCUGCAAAGAGGACCCACACAAAUGGAUAUUUCUACCUCAUCAACACCUCAAACUCGUGUGAGGAUUCUCAAAUCAGAGGUUUUGAACUUGAAAGGACACACAGAUGCAGUUCUAGACUGUGCUUGGCAUCCAUCUUGCUCACUUCUUGCAUCAGUGUCUGGAGAUUCUACAGGUAGGAUUUGGACAAUUCCAGAGAGGAGUAAUGACAGAUAUAGUUUACAACAUGGGCCUAUUAAAUCAGUUGAAUUAAAGCAUUCUAAAGGUAGAACAAAAGAAAAAAACAAAGAUGUUACAACACUUCAAUGGAAUAUGGAUGGAACCCUUCUUGCCACUGGUUCCAUUGAUGGAAAAGCUAGAAUUUGGAGUACAAAUGGUGAGUUAAAGAGGACUUUAAUCAAGCAUAAAGGACCUGUAUAUUGUAUUAAGUGGAAUCAAAAGGGUGAUUACCUUCUUACUGGAAGCAAAGAUGAAACUGCAAUUGUAUGGGAAAAGAAAGAUUAUGGAAGUCAACAAUUCAAAUUCCAUUCAGGUCCUAUUCUUGAUGUUGAUUGGCGGAAUAAUUACUCAUUUGCAUCGAGCUCAACUGAUCACAUGAUUCAUGUUUGCAAGAUUGGUGAAAAUCACCCUGUUAAAAUCUUUUCUGGGCAUCAGGGUGAAGUUAAUUGUGUGAAGUGGGACCCAACAGGUUCACUAUUGGCUUCGUGUUCUGAUGACACCACUGCAAAGAUUUGGAGUAUGAAGCAGGAGAAACACAUUCAUGAUCUAAGAUAUCAUACUAAGGAGAUAUACUCAGUGAGAUGGAGUCCAACUGGGUCAGGCACCAUUAAUCCGAACAAAAAGCUAUUGUUGGCAAGUGCAUCAUUUGACUCGACAAUAAAUCUAUGGGAUGUAGAAUAUGGAAGAAUAGUGGUAAACAUGAAUGGGCACAGGGAUUGUGUGCAUACGUUGUCGUUUAGUCCAGAUGGGGAGUAUUUGGCGAGUGGGUCGAUGGAUAAGUUUUUGCACAUAUGGUCAGUAAAAGAUGGGAAGAUUGUAAAAUCGUAUAAUAGCAACGGGAGUAUAUUUGAGGUGUGUUGGAACAAGGAAGGUGAUAGGAUUGCCGCGUGUACCAAUAACAACAGUGUUUUUGUUUUGGAUUUUAGAAAGUGA